AUGCGACCGACGACUAUGGUGCACGCAUCGAUAAAUCCAGACUCGGCACAGAAACAAAAAGCUGCACGAAUGGAUGAAUGGAACCAGCUACCACUCCGCGGAUGGUCCGAUAUGGAGCACUGGCUCGCGGGCAUGUCGCACCAGUUCGCGAUCGAGCAACCACAAACUCCGAAUGCACCGUUCACAGAGCCCCCGGAGGGCGGUUUUGCAAUCCCACAGUCGCCAAAUCACCCACGUCACGGUAGCAUCCAUGGUUCUGGUGUGAAUAUGGACGCUGGGGAGCCAUCGACUUCAUAUGUGUGGCCCCCGCAAGGAGAUAGCUCUAUGGGAAGCCCAUAUGAGACGCAUCUCCGCCCGCCGGGGAUGAUGUCCUCGCCUAUCUAUUCGCGGAGUCAAGCCACCGGAGGAUCCGACGGGGUGGCGUCCCCGUCUGGAGGGGUGCAGGAGUACACCAACGUCGUAAUGUCCGGUGAAAGCGGACCGGCAAGACCAGUCGAGAGUGCGUCGGCCACCAGAGCGGAAGAGCUGUCAAGAAACAGACCUAGCAUAUAUUUCUGA